AUGCGCGAUCUCCCAUAUCUCAAGAACAACCCUAAGAUCAUAUUCUUCACGGAUUUUGACGGAACUAUCACAUUGCAAGAUUGCAAUGACUACCUGGUUGACAAUCAUGGGUUUGGACUGGACAAGCGCGAGGUGCUCGAACUGGAACUCCUGAAAGGAAAUAUAACGUUUCGGGAGUCAUUCCAGACCAUGCUUGACAGCGUGCGAACCCCGUUCCACGAAUGUCUUCGCGUCCUCGAAGAGAACAUCCAAUACGAUCCGCAUUUCGUUACAUUCUAUCAGUGGGCACGAGAACAUAACAUUCCCAUAGUAGUGCUGUCCUCUGGCAUGGCGCCCAUCAUCAAGGCCUUGCUGGAGAGACUCUUGGGCAGCAAGCCGGACAACAUCUUCGUAGUUGCCAACGACAUCGAGCCUCGCAACGGCAAGGAUAUCAACAUGAAUGGUGGCUGGCAAAUUUCCUUCCACGAUAACAGCUCAUUCGGCCAUGAUAAAUCACUCGCAAUCAAACCGUACGCUGCCCUCAGUGGCAAAUCUCGCCCGAUAUUGCUGUAUGCUGGAGAUGGUGUGUCCGAUCUGUCCGCCGCAUCGGAAACAGACAUCCUCUUUGCGAAGAGCGGGAUGGCUGCACAAGGCCUCGUCCGGUACUGUGAGCAGCGUGGGAUUCCGUUUGUGCCAUUUAAUGACUGGGCCUCCAUCCUUGCCACCGUGCAGGAAAUCUACCAAAACGCAUGCAGCAAUGACGUCGAGGGCCAGCCUCCCACACGCUGA